UUCGUAGGUGUAUUAGCAUGUGAGUUGUUUUUGAUUGAAGAUUAUUUUUUGAAUGGCGGCUUUCAUUGCACUGCCCAAAGUCCCCAAAGGCCAAAUGUGUAAUAUUAUAUCAACCUGCAAAGACUAGAUUCCUUGUUCAUGGGUCAGUGUUAUCUUAACUGUUGAAUGAAAAAUUCAAUAUUUAAAGAAUUCACUUCUUUAAAGCGUGGCCUGAAAUGUAUUUGUUGGUGUGGGUGUAGGUGGAGGGCAUUGUGGCUAAAGGACCACUAAAAUGGCUUGUUCAGGUACUGGUGGAGACAAAUACAGGGACUAUCUCAGUGAAGAUGAGGUGAAGAACACCAAAUGGAGAUCUGGUCCUCCUAGCUAUGAUGUUGUAGACAAGCUUUUUGAAGAGGGCAGAACUCAUGUGUGGCCUGAAGGAUCACUGGAGGAGAAAGUGCAGAGGCUUAUGAAGACAUGGGAGAUGGAGAUAGUGCACAAGGCAGAUCCUAAUGAUUAUAAGACACUUGAUCCUACAAAAUUUAGACUCUUCGUCAAUGGGAGAAAAGGUCUAUCCUUAGAAGAUACAGCCAAGAUUGGAGGAAGCUACAAUGUCUUCCUCCAAACCUCUCUGCCCGAAAAAUAUCGAGUAUUCAACCCUGCCGAUGAAACAUUUGUUUCAUCUCAGGCUGUUUUCAGGAAUGCAUUUCCUCGUGGAUUUGCCAUCGAGAUCCUCCAGGUUUAUUCAGGACCGCCACGAAUAACAUACAGAUUCAGGCAUUGGGGUUACAUGGAUGGCCCCUUCAAAGGCCAUCCUCCUACUGGAGAAAUUGCUGAAUUCUUUGGAAUGGGCAUUUUCGAGUUGGAUGAAGAGUCUAACAAGAUUGUGAAGGCAGAGUUGUUCUUUGACCGUGGAGAACUUCUUGGAGCCCUGGUCAAGGGAGGAAGCAGUGAUGAAGCUGCAACAUCUUCAGCUUGCCCUUUCAUGAAAGGAGCUUAGCUUAGCUUUUUGCAGGUUGAUUUACUAGUAAAAGAAUAAAUGUUUGAACAAUAAGCCAUAACUGCAGAAUGGGAAUUUGUCAAUGUAUUCAUUCUACAGUAGUAAUGUGCUCCUAUCCAACUUCAUCAUGUUUUCUACAUAAAAAUGUACGCUUUAAUUUCUGUGGUAUUCAACGUGUGUUUGGUUGAGGACUUUGCACCUUA